UCUAUGUUGGCCUCAACUUUGGUUCUGCCUCUCUCCAUAAUUUAUCCAACACAGCUAACUGAAGAUGAAGGUAAUUCAGCUGGAGGAUCCAUCACUUGUCUAUCGCCCAGAGUCUGAGGAGCACCAGUAUCGCAAUUAUAAAGAUGGACCCCUUGUGGACAGAGUUAAAAUGACCUAUACCAUGAUGCACACACACCAGACAGUGCAAUUUGUGAAAGAGAAGAAUGCUCAGUGGGGGUCAUGCACUUACAAAAAAAUGAAUGUGAUGGAUGCCCUCAGUUUGUUGGAUAAUUUAGUGGACGAGUCAGAUCCAGAUGUGGACUUCCCUAACUCUUUCCAUGCCUAUCAAACUGCAGAGGGAAUUCGAAAGGUACACCCAGAUAAAGACUGGUUCCAACUGGUUGGUUUGCUUCAUGACUUGGGAAAAAUCCUCGCUCUUGCCAAUGAACCUCAGUGGGCUGUUGUUGGAGACACAUUUCCAGUGGGCUGCAAACACCAGCAGUCCAUCGUGUUCAGUGACAGCACAUUUAAAGACAAUCCAGAUGUGCAUCAUCCAGUCUACAGCACAAAGUAUGGGAUGUACAAGCCAAACUGUGGUUUGGAGAAUGUGCUGAUGUCGUGGGGGCAUGAUGAGUAUUUAUAUAAAGUGCUGAAGCGUAACAAGUGCUCAAUUCCUGAGGAGGGUCUAUACAUGAUUCGGUUUCACUCAUUUUACCCCUGGCACACUGGUGGUGACUACCAACAUCUUUGCAAUGACAAGGACCACAAAAUGUUGCCCUGGGUGCAAGAGUUCAAUAAAUUUGAUCUUUACACAAAGACAGAGGAUCUGCCAGAUGUGGAGACACUGCAGCCGUACUACCAAGGGUUGAUAGACAAGUACUGCCCUGGGAUACUAAGUUGGUGACUUCAGCCUCGGGAUUCCUGAAAAAACAAGAAUUCAUCCCUGUCUAGUACUCUUGGAAUUUGAGUUGCUAAGUCUCCCAGUGUUUCACUAAUAACCACAUUGCGUUUUUGAUCAGGGAUUUAUUCCAUGGAACUCACUUCCACUAAAUACGUAAAAAUAAAAAACCCAAUCUUGCUAUUAAGUGUCAAGAGCAAUCGAAAAUAAUAAACCUGAAAUAAUAAACA